GACCAGUUCAAUGUUAUUUCGAGACCAAUUUCUGUUGCUGCUGUGCCUGGGCGUCAGCAAUCUGCUGCCACUGGCAUGGAGCCGAUCGCUGACCGUCUCGCUGAACAUGUCCCUGACCCGAUCCGUGGACGAGGACGAGCAGAAUUCAACGAAGGGAACACUCACCGAGGACAUGCUGCAAACGUGCAUCCGCAGGACGGAGAUAUCCAUGUCGCAGCUGAAGCUCUUCCACAUGAGUCUCUUGAACAACGAUUACACCACCGAGAAUGAGAUUGCGGCCCCCAUAGCCCCCGGCGAAAACAGUAUACUCGACGGGGACUACGGCAUGAGUUCGCAGAUGCCAUACCUGGACCUCAAGGGUAACGAGCCGCUACAGUGUUUCGUGAGCUGCCUGUAUGAGAGCCUGGACGUGUACCGAUACAAUAUCCUGCUGGAGCAGGCGUUCCGGCAACAGGUCCAGACCAUGCUGCAGAAGGAGAAGCCAGCGGUGAAGGAAUGCGGCGACCUCCAGGGACGCACCCGCUGCGAGGCGGCCUAUAAGCUGCACCUCUGCUACAACCACCUCAAGACCAUGGAUGCGGAGCAGCGGAUCAGGGAUAUAAUCGAGCGGAGCGAAAUAGCUGAGGCUGAACUAGGCGAGAAGGAGUCCGGCGGCGAAGUCAUCGAUGGCACUCAGCACUCCAAUGAAGCCGACACGAAGGACGAGUAAAUCUUGUAUAGCCCGCACACAAUAGCCUUCUUCCAGGUAUAAUGCAAAAAUAUGUAAUAAUAUUCUCCUUAUUUAUCCAAAUAAAUAAUCCAUUCAUGUUUGAGCUUGUAAAGUCCGUGUAAAAAUAUUAUAAAUCCAAUA